AUGCGCGGAGUAGUAAAAAUACACAACGCAAACAGAGCACUCACAAGGAGAAUAGUGGAGGUGUUCUUUUCUCGAUUUGGACAGAUCAAAAAAAUAACAAUGCCCAACAGAUCAGCAACAUACGCGCUCGUAGAGUAUGCCACCCAGAGCGAGGCAAAUAAAGCCAUCAAAGAGCUAGACGGCACCACGCUCAGAGACAUCUACGGAAAGAAAAAGCUCACGAAGAACGCGUCUGCAGAGUUCAUAUGGAACCUCUCCGUGCUUACGGAAGACUACCUCUGGGAGGAAGACGAGCAAGACAUCACAAAAAUAGAGAAGCAAAUAGUUCGGCAGAAGAAAAGGAAUCUGUCGUACAUAGAGUCUCUAGGAGACAAAAUAACGCUAGCUACAGACGUAAGACAGCGGCCCGUGAUCAAGCUCGUCUCAGCAGAGCCAAAGCUAAGCAGAAAAAACAGUGAUGAUAAAAACCAGGCAGAUGACUAG